AUGCUUGGUGAGAGAGGGUCACUAGAUAUGGGUGUUCCUGAUCAUUACACGGUUGCAGAAGCAAAAAGAAAUAGAAGAAGAAGAAAUCAUCGAGUUGUCAUCUUGAAUCAAAUUGAAGAGGAGUUGAGUAAAAGUGGAGGAUACCAAGAUGAAGAUAUUGUUCUGUGGAAGCAUGCUGAAGGAAAGUAUAUGGGAAACUUCUCGACAAGAAGAUUGCAGACAACAGAUAGAAUGCAAAUAUGGAACACUUCCAUUAACACAACUUGCGUUCUCUGUAAUAGUACACCAGAGUCUUGUGCCCAUCUGUUUUUUGACUGCAGCUACACAAGGAAGAUAUGGAGAAGUUUGGUUGGAGGGCUUAUGCAAGAUAGCUUCACUACAGACUGGAGUAACUUGAUUGCACUUGUUUCGAAGCCAUGGCUAACUCCCAUCAAGACAUUUGUUCUCAGGUAUACUUUACAAGCUGCAGUACAUGCAAUCUGGUGGGAAAGAAAUGCUAGGAGACAUGGGGAGAAGCCUAAAGAUACAUAUGCUCUGAUAAUGUUUGUGGAUAAAGGUGUGAGACUUAAGCUACUGUCAGUCAAAGAAAAAGGGAAGCACUUCAAUGAGGGACUCACUACUUGGUUUGGAACAAGACUGAAUACUUAA